UUAUUUCGUGUUGACAGCUCAAACUGUUCAAAACUUCAGGCAAAUAAAUUAAGCUAUUUUGUAAAACUGAGAAGAAAAAAAGAAGUGCAGCAAGCAUGUUAGCCGCCGGCAAUAUUUGCAGUGGCAAGAAGCCAGCCACCCCAAGUGGAGCCAACAGGAACCAGAACAACGAGCACUCUCGUCCAUCAGCUCUGAAUAUGAAUGUGCAGCAGAGAAAACAGAAUAGCAAUGGAAAUACCGCAAGAAAUGUGGCAGUGCCGUCUCUGCCGCCAAUCGCUGAGGUGCCCGAAGUUCCAUGGAGUCGCAACCAAAAGCAAACCAAAAACAAUCCGGUGCCGCUGAUAAAAUGCAAGCAGCCGCAACAGCAGCCACGUCGCCAGGACCAGAGUCAACCACAGUCACAACAACAACAACAACAACAGCAGCAGCAACAACAAAAUGUAAAAAAUGAAACCAAGAAACGGCGUCAGAAAGGACCACUGCCGGGCUCCGCAAAUCAGUGGUACGCGCUCAGCAAUCGUGUCCAUAAGCACGGCACCACCAUUGAGAUGAUGUACACUGGCCUAACCGUGCCACAGCCCAGGGAGCUGGUCGAUGUGCGUGCCAUACCGGGAGUCACACACGUGACCAUGGAGUUGCCGGCAGGCGUGUUGCCUAACAUCAGAAAUAGUACUCCAGACAUGCCGUCCCUGAUGAAUGCCAUGGAUUUCUUUAGAUUUCCCGAGCAUCAUCUACCCGCUCCCGGCAUGGGGCCCAGCACGACCAUUCAGGUGAUACCCAAGGACAACAACAACAAUGUCAACCCAAACAACAUGGACAGCAUUGAGGUGGUUCCGUUGAGCUAUGCACGGGCUGCACCCUUAAAGCGCAGCUCAUUGAAUGUGGCCUUCCAGAGCUACAGCUUGAUGCAGCUAGAAGUCGAUGAGGGCCAGUCCCAGGAGCCGGGCAGAGUGGUCAUGGAUGCGGAAAUAUCGCCAACGUAUAUGCUAACCACACAUCAGCAGCUGCGCCUGCAGGCGGCCAUCAUGCAGGAGAAUGUGCCGCUGGCCGAUGCUCUACUGCCCAUUGUGGAGGAUCUGUACGAGGAGCACGAAAAGCUACAUAACGCCGGGCUUCGUCUGGUGCCAGCCCCAAUACCGCUGCCGUAUGGCACCAUGAGAUUUCACUACAUUGAUCCGCCACUCUUUGGCAGCCCCAAAUCUGUGCCCAUGUCGAUGCCAUGCGCUCCACCGUAUAUAGUCGAGGUGCCCCGUGGGCAGACAGUGCGCAAAAAGCGCAACCCGGUAAAACAAGCAAAAACUAACAACUACAUCGAUGUUGGUUCAACAAUAAUGGCUCUGGAUCAAAAUGGGAAUUAUAAGCCGAUGGUGUUUUCCGAGUGGGGUAAACUGAAGAAGGGCCAGCAGCCAAUAGAAGCAAGUGAACUCUAGGGCUAAUGUUAACAGAUGAACAUCAAGACAGCUUUGAUAAGAAUUGACAGAUCGUCCUAGAUUCUGAGUAUAGCUAUGCAUCGAAUUGGUAAAGCCAGAAUUGCAAUAAGCCUGACAUCCAAGUGCAAAUGAAACCAAAAGAACAUCCAAUAAAAAAAAAAUAAUUUCAAAAAAUAACUCCAUCAAAAAG